AUGAAUGAAAAACUCCAAACGUAUUAUGAUGGCGCAACAAGUACAUUAGGCGAAACAUCAGCUACACUUGCAUCUUUUAAAUGGCAUCAUGCAGGAGGCAACAAUUGUCCAGUUGAUAAAACACGCAGGAAUUGGUGUCCCUCAUGCAGACUGCAGAAAUGUCUCCAGAUGCAAAUGAAUAAAAACGCAGUACAGAAAGAACGUGGUCCACGCAAAGAGAAACAAUUGAUGAAGAUUGCAUUUACAGAGUAUUCGAGCAUUGAAAAAAAAAAACAAGUACUUGUUGAAGCAAUUCGAAGUUCUUUAAGUAUGGUUUUGAUGACUUUUAUCCCAACAAUGGACAAAUUCACAAUACUUUCUGAAUACUGGCCUAUUUUCUUUAUACUUCACUUCACGUUUAUCACUGAUCUUCCAAAACUUCAACACCUAAAGAUUAGUGAAAUGAUACUAUCGACCAGAAAAAACAGGCAAAUUCAUAAUUUGGACAGUGAGGAAAUACGACUUGCAACCUGCUAUGCUCUCUGUAAACUAGGUGAAAAAAACGAGAAAUUAAGUUUCGCUUCAAGUUUAACAAGUACUUACCGAUAUUGGCUAUCACGUCAUCGUUCCACAUUCUACCCAAAUCUGUUGACCCGAGAUGAACAUAUCAUCAAUUUCAUUGAUCAAAUCCUUGACAACUGUGAGUAUGCUUCAAUGAACGAAGAAUUUACACCAUCUACCUAUCCAACAACUGUCAUUAAAGCUCUUCUUAAAAAUGGAAGAAUAAAUAUCUGA